AUGAGGAUGAGGACCACCAGCCUCCUCCUUGCCACCGGCGUCGUUGCUGCCGUCGUCUGCGCCACUGUCACCCCCACACCCGGGUGGACAUCCUGCGAUAACGGCCCCAAGAUCGACGAGCUCGCAAAGUGGGCGCUGGCGGAGAUGAAGCAAGGCCUCCAGUUGAGCAGCGUGCUCCGUUGCGAGGAGCAAGGCCAAGGCGUUCAAGGAAUCAUCUAUCGUAUCCUGCUGAACGCGCUCGACCGCACCGGCGGGACGGGCCACUACACGACGGACGUGUACGAUGAGGCGGCGACCAAAGUGCGCAAGCUCCUCUACUUCGGCACUGCCCCGUGGUAG